AUGGCUAUCGAUUUACCUUUGGAAUAUGAGUCAUCAUUCAAGCUCCAAGAGCAAGUUAGUGAUGACUCAAGUCUGUCACAGGGCGUACCUUUUUUUGGCUUGAUUCAAAUGGACUUCGUCCCGCAAGAUCCUUCAACAUUCAAACCAUAUCUGACAACAAUGGCCAGAGUUGACUUUGUCACACUUGACGUCUUCACGACCAAGAUUUAUGAGGGCAACCCCCUCGCCGUGGUCUUCCUCCCCGCACCGACAUCUACCCAACUGACCCAGCGCCAAAAGCAAACCAUUGCGCGCGAGUUCAACCUCUCCGAGACAAUCUUUGUCCAUUCUGAGUCUGGGCCCAGCGAGUCUCGUAAAAUCGACAUCUUCACCGGGAGCGAAGAACUACCGUUUGCUGGCCAUCCAACGAUCGGAGCGGCGUCAUGGUUCCUGCACCACGCGCCAGAGAGCAAACCUGUGACAAGGCUGACUAUGAAGGCCGGAGAUUUUCCAAUAACGUUCCAGAAUGCGGACUUGGGUGUAGUUUCCGCGCGGGUUGCGCACAACGUGCACAUCCAUGAGAACCAGUACCCGCUUGAUGAGAUACUGCGACUCUACCCAUCCGUCAAGCCAUACUUGACCCAGUCAUCGAUUGCCUUGAUCUCCAUUGUGAAAGGUAUGAGCCAGCUUCUCGUUGAAUUGCCCUCGCUUGAAGCUCUGGGUGCUGUGACGACUGCAAAUGGUGGGGAAGAAGCAAGUUCAUCUUAUCUGGACGCCGGAUGGGCCGAGGGGAUGGUUACGACGUACUUUUACGUCAAGGACGUCAAGGACGAGCUUCUGGGUCGCAACGUUAUCCGCACACGGACGAUUCUGGGGAGUCUCGAGGAUCCUGCGACUGGCAGCGCCGCGAGUGGCUUAACGGCUUACCUCUCGCUGAAAGAGGGCAGGGCUGGGCGGUUCGUGUACGACAUUGUGCAGGGUGUUGAGAUGGGUCGACGUAGUGAGAUUGGGCUUGAGGUGGUGACAGGGGAAAAGGGCAUUGAGAGCCUAGAGCUGAGGGGGAGUGCUGUGAAGGUCAGCGAGGGGUCAAUUGUUGUUCCUCAGGCCAAGUGAAUGGAUGGAGUGAACACUACCGGAAGUCUUUGACAUUGGCAAAUAUCCUAGUGCUGGAUACAAUUUGUAAGU